CAUAUCAUCACAUAUAUAGUACGUAUAAUCCUUCAUAAUUGCUCUCAUUUCCUAUCUCUCUUAUUCUCUACUUCUUCUUCUUCUUCUUUCUCCCAAUCUCUUUUAUUCUCCAUCUAUAUAUCUUCCUUUUCGUAGUGGUUUGAUUGGGGUUUAAUUUAAACCUUCCUUUUAGCCAUGUUUCUGUCUCAGAGGGCCGCCAUGGUUUUCUUCUGGUUAGCUACUAUGAUGUUUUGUGAAAGAGCGAUGGGCGAAGUGUACGAGGUCGGCGAUGCAGCUGGUUGGACUACCAUCGGCCAUAUCGAUUACAAAGCUUGGGCGGCGUCGAAAAGCUUCCACUCCGGCGACACCAUUGUUUUUAAGUACAACAAGGAAUUUCAUAAUGUGGUGAGGGUGACCCAUAAGAAUUACAACGCAUGCAACGCCACCGGCGCCUACGCCACCUACACCUCCGGCAACGAUUCCUUCGUGAUAAAGAGGCAGCGCACCCACCUUUUCUUCAUCUGCAGCAUUCCCGGCCACUGCGAAGCUGGACAGAAGAUUGACAUCAGGGUACACAACGGAAGCAACAGCGGCGGCGCCCCAACUCCCACCCCAUCCCCACUCCCCGAUAAUCCAUCGUCGCCACCAUCUCCGACCGACGUGACGCCAGCUCCUGCUCCGAGUUCACCGCCGGCGAAGUCUCCGACGGAACAUAAGGAAUCGGCAACGGCAUCGUGCUCCGGGAAGCUCUGGAUGGCCAUUGUGGCAGUCGCUGCCUAUUAUUUGACUUCACCGGUGGCUCUUUAAGCAUUCAAAAUUUGUUAAUUUUAAAUAAUAUUUCUCUCGAAUGUGACAUUUCGCAAACUAUUUUAAGCAUGAAGUAUUAUUUAUUGUUUACUUUA